UCACAUCAGGCACACAGUUGUGUACGAAGUUGGUGCUGGAAGAACGUGUAUUAUCUGUGAUAGAAAUUAUGGAAGAUUUAGGAUUUGGAUUAUUUGAUGAUCUAAACGAAGAGCCGGAAGCGGAAAAUAAUGCACCGGACCUGUCAAAAAUAAUAUCUGAUUGUUAUCGAAUGAGAAGCGACGGUACUGCACUUCACAGAGCCAUCCGAAGAGGCCGCGAGGAAGAGAUUGAAGCGCUUCUGCAGGCGUACCAAAAUGAUUUCAACAAGAUUCGUGACUAUCUAGUGAAAAAGCUGCAGUGGAAUCCGGAUGAUAAAAUUUGGUUGAGGAGAAAUAAUUUGAUUGCAGUCGGCGAAGAUGUUUGCAAAAAAUGUAAGGAUUUGGAGAAAUGUUCAGGGGAGUGUUCUAACUUUGAGCUGGCAAUUUUCGUAUUACUCAAAAGUCCCAUCGACGACGAAGAAGUGGCCAUACUCCAUCCAACGGACAACAAUCGACUGGGUUUGUUUCGCAUGAUAUGGACACUCUUACCUAAUGGUUGCCUUUCGUGGGACUACCCUGGACUUCAGACGGAUCCCAAUGGAACGCAACAGACCUACGUUGAAGCGGCUGCUUCGUAUGGCAAGCAUGAAUUGAUCACAAAGUUCUAUGAGCUCGGAGCCGCACUUGGUGUCCCAGGUCAUAAUGCGCUGGUGGCCGCCUGUUUUGCCCUUCGAGAAAACACGAUUCGGUGGUUACUAACAGAGCAUUUCGAUCAUUUUGAUUUUACCCAACGAAAUACAUCGGAAAUGAACGGCUUUCACAUUUUACUACAGAGAAACAAAGUCGAACUUAUGGAUUACGUGCUGCAGAAGAUGAUCUGUUAUAGGACAAAGUAUUUUGAUGAAACUGAAUCGGACGCUUUCAAUCGGAUAUUUCACUAUGAAGAAUACGACAAUCUAUCAACAUUGACACUGGUUGGGCAAGGACCUGCUCGAAAAAAAGUUGAGGAAUACAUCGUGAAAUAUAAUUUAGACUUAUCCUACCAAAAGAAACAUGUUACCAUUCUGAGAUGCCUUUUGGGUGGAAAGUUAGCCUUGGAUUAUUGUUGGGAAAUGAUUCGUCGCAAUCCCAAUCUACUCGGCCUGGUCGUGUACGGUCAAAGCACAAUCCUACACGCGUGUAUUGAGCAAGGCUAUCUGGAUAUCUUGAAGGAGAUGUACGCCAGUCAUCCUGAAGUUAAACAAUAUUUUGAAACUGAUGGCGGUUUCACUUGCCUGGAAGAAGUUCUGUACAAAAAAUGUCGUGACACAACUAUGUUCAUUCUCGACAAUCAUAGGGAUUUCUUCUUGAAAAAUUUGGACAAAGCGAGAGAUGAAGUCAUUUUGUGUAUGUACAAUACACAAGAUUUUUACGAAGCUAACGGGGAGCUGCUGGUAAAGUAUUUUCCUUCGCUCAAGACUGAUUUAGAUGUGAAAAGUUCUAAGGGACCGGAGUUUCACCCUGGUCAAGAUUUCCAGAUAGCAUUCAAGAAGUAUAACUUGCAGUUCAAAGAUUCAACAAUCAUGUCUGAAGAUCCCACACAAUCGCUGAGCGCUAUCAGAGGCUCCGGAGGCUUAUCACUUCUGCAUUACGCGGUGGACAGGAAUGACACAAAAAUGUUUCAAAACUUGUUGGAUGCUGGAUGUGACAUUGAUGCUGUUGAUGGAGAAGGAAACCACAUAAUCCACUUUGUUCAAAGUAUCGAAAUGCUUGAUCUUGUCAUCGGAAAACACCCAGAAGGCCCAUCCUUAGUACACCGAACCAACUCCCAUGGUCAAACAGUGCUUCAUAGAAUAUUCUCCUUUUCAUUGGAUUUCGAUCCCUUGAACGCCUUGAUGGAGAAAAUAAUAUCCUACGGCGCAGAUGUCAACAAGGUAGACCAAAGUGGCGAGUCAAUUGCCUUUCUGAUCGUAAGCGAUGACCAGCUAGAUAUUUUAAAAAAAUACAACCUUAACCUGGAAGUGUUGAACUGUGCAGGCGAAACAGUGCUGGAAAGACAUCUGAAGUACAAGAAUGUCUAUUUGGCACGGAAGCUACUGUCUCUUCUACACGAACGACCUUCAUUCAAGGAUCACGCCCACAAGUACUUGGAACCGUUCAUGUACAGCAAUCGCGAUUUCUUCAGCUGCGAUUAUCAACCCUUCCUGGAGGCAAACCCUGAGACCACAAAAAUGAUUUUCGAUUCGGUUUAUCGCAACUCGCGGGAAGAAGCCUCGCGACUGUUCUGCAGAGCGUGUGGAAGUGCUCACAUCUUCAUUACGGAGAAGUUCCUGGAAUUUGAUUAUGACCUGGACUACAACUACCGGGAUCUGGAUGGUUACACUCCAAUAAUGGGGCUUCUUAGCUAUAUGGAGGAGCCGAACAUGCACUUGGUUGAGAAAGUUAUUGCAAAGGGUGUUGAUUUGGGAAUACGGAACAACUGGGGAAUGGAUACGCUGCAGAAGUUUGUCGAUAGAUUUGGAUCUGCAAAAUGGUAUGGCCAUGGCACUGCUACAGUGAAAUUGCUGAUUGAUCACGGUGCCGACGUCAAUAGCAUCGAUGAUGAAGGAGGAAAUACUGCUUUGCAUUUUGCGUUCCGAAACAACGACUUUGAAUUGGCGGAAGUUUUGAUGCAAAAUGGAGCGAAUUUGCUGGUGAGAAAUAAGGAGUCUAAAAUACCAGUGGAAAUGGUUGCAGGGAGGAUUUUUGAAUUAAUAAACUUUAUGAGCUGA